UUCUCUCACCUCCCUCUCUCUCUCUCUCUCUCUCUCUCUCUCUCUCCCUCUCUCCCUCUCUCCCUCAUGAUCGAAUUGCUCUGAUUCGAAUCCAUAAUUCAGUUAUUCUAACCCUCGAUUUGAUUCCUAAUCCGUAAUCGAUUCUCUGGUUUCCGAAUUUUGAUGGGACGCGAUUCUUCGACCUCGCUCGCUCCUGGAUUCCGGUUCCACCCGACCGAUGAGGAGCUCGUUCGGUACUAUCUCAAGCGCAAGGUCUGCGGAAGACCUCUCCGGAUCGACCCUAUUUCCGUCGUCGACGUCUACAAGUCCGAGCCUUGGGAUCUUCCUGAUAAGUCGAAGCUGAAGACGAGGGACUUAGAAUGGUACUUCUUCAGUGCGUUGGAUAAGAAGUAUGGAAAUAGCUCGAGGACCAAUCGGGCCACCGUGGAAGGAUACUGGAAGACCACUGGAAAGGACCGACCGAUCCGCCAAAGCUCGCGGACUGUCGGGAUGAAGAAGACCCUAGUUUACCACAGUGGAAGAGCCCCAAAAGGCGCCCGGACCAACUGGGUCAUGCACGAGUACCGCCUUGCUGAUGAGGAGCUUGAGAAGGCCGGAAUUGCGCAGGAUGCGUUUGUGCUUUGUAGGAUAUUCCAGAAGAGUGGUACUGGACCCAAGAACGGUGAGCAGUAUGGAGCCCCUUUUAUUGAGGAGGAAUGGGAGGAUGACGAGAUUGUGGCUAUGGUGCCCGGUGAAGAGACGCCAACCGGUGAAGUGGAGGUUGAUGACAGUGCCUUUGUCGACGUGAAUGAGCUUGAUCAGAAUUUUGGUACUGGCAUUCCAUUGGAAGUUGAUGCUGUUCCUUUCACCUUCUAUCAUGGGGAUACAAGUAACAAUGUUGAGCAUGCUGGGAAUUUUGCGGACCCUGAUACAUCAGAAGUUGCUCCCCUCCCACUAAACUACUAUCAUGGUGAGACAAGCAACUAUGUUGAGCAUUCAGGGGACUUCUCUGAAGGUGAUCUGAAGCCAAUGAUAGGCAUGGAAAAUUCAGAGAUCGGUGUUGAACAGCCAUUUUUCAGGUUACCAGAGCAACAUGAGAUGCAUGCGAAACCUGUCAAAGAUGAGUAUUGUGUUCAACCAAGUGACAAUGUGGAUCCGGCUGAUGUCAAUUAUGCAUUUGGUGAACAAUUUCUCAAUGCUACUAACACUCCUCCAUUUGGAGAGGGCUUAUACCUAGAGACCAAUGAUCUCUCAAAACCUGUAGAGGAGGAUCCUGGUGAUUUUGGCCUGCUUGAUGAGUACCUUAACUUCUUUGAUGUGGAAGAUGAUUCUCAGUUGUUGGCUUUCGAUUCUUCUCAGAUUAUGGGGAUUGAGAACUCUCUUACUCAAGAAGAGCCUCCCUUGCAGAAGCUCGUGACUGGAGAAGCUGAGGCAUCGCCCACUGGAACUCAACAACCGGCAGAAGCACACGAUAACAAUGAGGCUUCCACUUCAAGUCAAAGGGCAGAGGUCACAAAGUCCGAGUCAGAUUUUAAAUAUCCAUUCAUGAAACAAGCCAGUCAGAUGUUGGGCAGCAUCCCUGCACCUCCUGCAUUUGCAGCAGAGUUCCCCACAAAAGAUGCAGCUCUUCGGUUGAAUUCUGUAGGAACUUCUUCCGGUUCAGUUCAUGUCACUGCUGGGAUGAUCAGAAUACAACAUCUGAAUCUAGAUGGGAAUGGUAUGGACUGGUCCUUUGGCAAGAGUGGAGAUGUCAACCUUUUGCUGUCGUACAGCCUGCCACAGGCUGCCUUUGAUUCUGCUACAGUGGUGCCAAUGGCUGGCAUACUUUCUGGCAAGGCAGGAUCCGUGGUGUCAAAAGGGUGGUUCUUCUUUAUGUUCAUUUGGGUGCUGAUUAUUUCUGUGAGUUUCAAAGUUGGGAACUACAUAUAUACCAGGUAGUGCUUGAACAGUUAGAAGGCGGUGGCAAUGGCGCACCCCUGGCAGAGUACCUCGGGAAUACUUCAUAGUGGAUUCCGCUCAGUAGACCUCUUUAGGAUUGCGUGUAGUUGCGGGUUCAAUAAGCAUUUAAUUUGAACUGAUGAUCUUUAACCUUAAACAUGAUAGAUGCAGGGUGUGUUAUUGUUUCAUUGCUGUUUUAUACUGAAUGCCUUGUUUAUUCUAUUUAUUUAUUUUUAGUGUACCUUACAUUACCUCAUUGUAAGCUUACUAUAAGUAGAGACUGGAUCACAUAAUUUCUCUCUUGACUUAUAAGAAGGAUGAAUUAAGAUGUUCUAAA